AUGGGGUGCGGAGUAAACAGUAAGGUGCUCCCAGAGCCCAUGGAGCCACCGCUAAAAAGCAAUCCUUACUAUGUGAAGCUGAUCCGUGCUGUGGUUCCAGUUCAGUUCUGUAGUGAACCUGAACAUUGCAAGGGAGAAUUCUGGGGGCUGCAGGAAGAGCCCAAAAGAGACAAAGAGCUUCAAACUAAGAAGAGCCAAGUGGCACGCUAUCGAGCCAAGUUUGACCCCAGAGUAACAGCAAGAUAUGACAUCAAGGCUCUCAUCGGGAGGGGUAGUUUCAGCAGAGUUGUAAGAGUUGAGCACAGAGCCACCCGACAGCCGUUUGCUAUAAAAAUGAUUGAAACAAGAGCCAAAGAGGGGAAAGAAGUAUGUGAGUCUGAACUAAACAUCCUAAGGAGGGUUAGUCAUCAUAACAUCAUUCAGCUUAUUGAGGUUUUUGAAGCUCAUGAUCGAGUUUACAUGGUGAUGGAACUCGCUACCGGUGGAGAGUUAUUUGAUCGAAUCAUUGCUAAAGGAUCAUUUACAGAACGGGAUGCUACCAAGGUACUUCAGAUGGUUUUAGAUGGAAUAAACUAUCUUCAUGGAUUGGGCAUAACACAUAGGGAUCUAAAACCAGAAAACCUUCUUUAUUAUCACCCAGGGGCUGACUCAAAGAUUUUAGUCACUGAUUUUGGUUUGGCAAACUCUGGUAACAAAGAGGGAGACUGGUCUAUGAGGACCAUUUGUGGAACUCCAGAAUACAUUGCCCCUGAAAUUAUUCUGCGAAAACCUUAUAGCAAUGCAGUAGAUAUGUGGGCACUUGGUGUGAUCACAUAUAUACUACUAAGUGGAUCUAUGCCCUUUGAGGAUGAAAAUCGUACAAGACUUUACAGAAUGAUUCUUAAAGGCAAAUACAGUUACUUAGGAGAUCCUUGGCCAAAUGUUUCCAACCUAGCUAAGGACUUUAUAGAUCGCUUGCUAACUGUGGAUUCCACUGAUCGAUUAGCAUCAAGCAAUGCUUUAAAACAUCCAUGGAUUAAAACUAUGGCUGCAUCUUCGUCCAUGAAGAAUCUUCAUAGAUCUAUCUCCCAGAACUUGAAGCGCAGAGUCUCCUCUCGAUGUCACAGUUCCAAAUCAGCAGAGUCAUCAAAGUCAGGAAAUUCAAACAAGUCACGACGCAUAUGGGAAAGAGAAAUUAUGGAACGCAAUUUGCGUUACCAAGCACACGCUGUGAGCAAUGAUGUUUCGUAAAUCACAUUUCAACAUUGUACCUCCAUUAAAAUGUAUGUUAUUGUUCAUACCAAUCAUUUAUUUGUAAAUAGCAUAGUUUUAAGAACUGUAAAUAUUAAAUUGUACCUUGUAUAGAUUUCACAAA